GUGAAAGUGCAGCAGCUGAUCGGCCGGGAGGACACCGGCCCGAGGCUCUGCUCAGGACCGGCGGCGCGGAGGCCUCUCUGCGCACCGGAACCGGGGAGAUCUGCGCGCGUCCCCCUCAGGCCCGUUUUUUCUUGCGCUUUGGCGGUGACGCGCGACUUGGCAACGACUUGGCGGGCAAAGACGGAGGGCAGCAUGAAGGUCGAUCUGGAGGCGUCUCCGCCCGGCGGACCGGAGCCGCUGGCCAUCCAGUGCCGAGACGUGUGCCGGUCCUACGGCAAACUGAAGGUCCUCAGCAACUUGAACCUGACGGUGCCACAGGGACACAUUUACGGCCUGUUGGGGCCCAGUGGAUGUGGGAAGACCACGCUGCUGAAAUGCAUUGUGGGAACCCUAAAGAUCUCGCGGGGUCACAUCUGCGUGCUGGGGAAGCCGCCCGCGUAUCCGGGUCACGACGUGCCGGGGAAGAUGGUCGGGUACAUGCCGCAGGAGCUGGCGCUCUACAACGAGUUCACCAUCAGCGACACGCUGACCUUCUUCGGACGCAUCCACGGCCUGACGUGGAAGGAGACCCGGGCGCGCAUGGAUUUCCUCGUGGACUUCCUGGAUCUCCCUCAGAAGCACCGCCUGGUGCGAAACCUCAGACGCUCCUGGUAUGAACAACACAACACGGCGUGUCGUACCUGUUCUUUCACUAACCUGUAAUACAGCGCACCGCCAAUAUGAAACAGGUUAUGAAAGAUAGAAUAAAGCACCCGGGUCCUGCUGUUUGUGUCUGAGAUCAAC